UACGAUACAGCCAAUUUUGUCUGUGGCUGUGGUAACUAGUGGAAACCCAGAAAUGUUGGUUUGUUGUGGGCAGCUUCUGUUUUGAUUUACUAAGCAUUCGUCUGGAGGACACUUUUGACUCUGAAAAUACAAAAAAAAACAUCGUCAUACUGGUUGGUAUUCAGAAUCCGCAGUGGCUUGCAAGCACAGCUUCUCGAGUGCAGCGCGGUCAAAAGCAGAAUUGGCCAAAAUGAUGUCUGAGGAAAGUGCACCUAUGAGGCACAUUGAUCUUGGGUCUCCUCCUGCUCUGGAACCACCAGCGGCUGGUUACAGGUUCCCCGGCCCUCCGCCACCCAUCUACUCCUGCACUCUGACCCCUGAGCUGGUAGCCAAAGCCCGGGAGGAGCUACAGGAGAAGCCCGAGUGGAGGCUGAGAGACGUGCAGGCCCUUAGGGACAUGGUGCUGAAGGAGCAGCCUAACCUCCGGACCAGGCUGGACGAUGCCUUCCUCCUGCGCUUCCUACGGGCCAGGAAGUUUGACUAUGACCGUGCCAUGCAGCUUCUCCUUAACUACCAUACCAGUCGGCGGGCCUGGCCUGAGGUCUUCCAGGACCUGAAACCUUCCACUAUCAAACAUGUGUUAGACCUGGGCUUCCUCACUGUCCUGCCCCAUCCAGACCCUAAUGGACGCUACAUCCUCUGUCUCAGACCUGGAAAAUGGAAAGCGAAUGAUUAUCCAUUUGAGGACAACAUCCGGGCAAUUUACCUGACUCUGGAGAAGCUGAUUCAGCCAGAGGAGACUCAGGUUAAUGGGAUCGUCAUUUUAGCAGACUACACUGGGGUGGGCUUGUCUCAGGCAUCCAAUCCGGGCCCAUUCCUGGCCAAGAAGGUUGUCAGCAUCCUUCAGGAUAGCUUCCCAAUAAGAAUCAAGGCUGUUAACAUCAUAAAUGAACCCCGGAUUUUCAAAGGGAUCUUUGCAAUAAUCAAGCCUUUUUUGAAGGAGAAGAUGGCAGAGAGGUACGUUCUCCAUGGGUCAGACCUGCACUCUCUGCACCGCAACAUCCCUCGAUCCGUCCUGCCAGAGGAGUAUGGUGGGGUAGCCGGCCACCUCGACAUGUCAGCCUGGUCGAAGACAUUACUGGACUCGGAGGAGGAGUUUAUAGUGGAGUUCUGCCAGCCAGAUCCUCUAGAGGGCGUAGUUCUCCCAAACUCCAUGCUGUAUGAAGGGCAGCAGCCUGGUGGUGCUGCCCAGGAUGAUGACACCUUCAGGGGUCUACGCUCUCAGCUCUACUACUGUUACUGAUACUGACCAUCACCUCUCUCUCGUUUAACUACUGUGAGGACACUAGCCUGGUCCCAGAUGUGUUUGUGCUGUCUUACCAACGCCUAUAGUCUUUUAUGUGACAAUGGCCAUAGGAGUUGGUUAAACAGCACAACUAUAUCUGGGACUAGGCUAUGAGAACACUACUGUUUCUUUUGAAACAUUUAUCUAUGUUUUAUCAUGGUCCCAUGGGGCAAGUUUUCAAUGUUAUUUAGUAGAAAUCACUACAGGAGGAGCUAAAUAGUCGUCUGGGCCCAUAUUCAAAAAGCGUCUCAGAGUAGGUGUGCUGAUAUAGGAUUGGUUUUUACCUUUGAGAUCAUAAUUAAUACAAUAUAUGGACAUGGGAGACGCUUUACGAGUUCAGGGCCUGCUACAUGGCCAAGCAUAAGGCAGCUUCAGGUUCUGGCAAAGAUGCUUAAUAGGAGCUGCCUAUCGGUUUCAAACCAUUUCCAGUGUUACAUUUAUUUCCUAUAGAGGAAGACGAUCAACUGUGCCCAUUUAAAAUGCCACUCACUUCCGCUUUCUCCUUAAUUUCUCAGAAUACAUGUACUGAGGCUGUUCCUGUUAGACUUCCUCUGCAUGGUUGUAUUCAAACACCAUGUUGUAGCCUUACUGGAUCCAUACUUUGCCUUAAUCUAUUUUCGAUGAUGAUAGAUGUGCAAGGGGUUAUGAAUGGGAUUUAAUUUGUAACCAUGCAAGGUUGCCACUUUUAUCCAAAGCAACUUACAGUGCAAUGAGUGGAUAGCCUACAAUUUUAGCAUGUGUAUGUGAUCCCUGCAGGAAUUGAAACCAGUGAUGAACUUGCAAUCGGUGGUGUCACGCUCUUACUAACUGAGCCACUCAAGACCUGUAAUGUCUGAGUUACUGAGAGCCCUAGCCUACAGUAUGACAUGUGCAUUCGUUCUUAUUAAGACACAUUUUACUAGUCCUGAUCAUUUAAUACAGCCUGGCUUCAAGGACGUGACAUAGUAAACAUAAAUCUGUGACACUAGAAUUAUAGUAGUAUGAUAUGUUACAUUUGGUAUGGUUACAUAAGACAGAAGGUUACUUAAGCCAAAAACUAAAGUGGGGAGGAUGGGUAGGCGUAUAACGCAAACGUCUAGCAACCCAAAGGUUACAUGUAUCGAACCACAUCACAGACAACUUUAGCAACUUUGCAACUACUUAGCAUGUUCGAUAGCUAACCAUUCCCCUAAACUUAACCCUAACCUCUAGCCU